AUGGCAUCCAAAAUGACACUCAGAGACCUAUUCAACACUUCGAAGAGCACUUCUUCCGCCAAGAAGACUCCUCGUGCCCAGCGCCCAAGCAGGUUCACAGAAAAUCUCGACAACACUUAUCAAAAUGCCGAGGAUAGACUCUAUUUCAUAGAGAAAAUGGAACGCGACAACUUGGUCGAGGGUGCUUUCGAACAAUACAAGAAAAAGUAUCCUAGGCAAUGGAACAAACUCAGAUGGGAGGCAAGCUAUAAAGAUGAAAACAGGACAUACGAUGAGCCUUCCGAAGAUGACGUCGACUCAGUCCAUAUUGAAUGGAGUGAAGAAACAAUUAAAGAAACCUCGGACAAUAAACGCAGCGGCCUUAAACGUCCUAUUUCUCCAGUGAAAAAAAUUCACCAAGACAAGGUAUCCAAGGGCGUUGCGGUUGCGAAAAAAGCUUUGUGUUUUGGAUCGCUCACUCCUGAGGAGUGA